AUGAAUCUCCUACCGUGCUCUCUCCUUCUGCCUAGUUCCUCCUGGGUGAGAUCCAUACAAAGGUUCGACAAGUCCGAUGCUCAUUGGGACCAGCUCUUCGCCAAGCUGCAGCAGCCUGCUCGCGGAUGCACUCCCUCCUCCUGCAACGAUGACUCGGGCGGCGUCACCAUGGACGCACUCGUCAUCUCCACCGACCCUAACGCGCCGCUCGACGCUAUCCAGAAGGUCGCCAUCGUGCUGCCCCACGGCUCCAAAUUAUCGUGCCUUGGCUCCGUGCUCAAGUCCGACCUCGCUUGCCCGGAGCGGCUCGCCAUCGACGCUGCUGACGGCGCCGACCCAUCCUCCAGCCUCCUCACCGCGCCAUCGCCGCCGAUGCUAGAAGCUGCCCCCUCGACCGCGCGAGAGCAACGAGUUGCCGCCGUCGACUUCGCGGGGUUCUUGGUCAACAUAAGUCCUCUCGACUCCAAGCUCAUCCUCGAUGCUCUCGACAAGCUGUAUGCCGAGCAGAACGCGAAGUGGGAUCGGCGAUUUGCCGAUCUAGACACCGCGUGGGAUCAGCGGUUGGCUCCUCGGAACAGGGCCCGGGCCAUGGGGGAGCAGCGAGAUGCCACCGUCGCGCUUGGCGUCAGCACCCUCGAGGAGUACAGCGCGGCGCAGCCCUGCGUUGCCCUGUCUGUUCGAGCAGCCUGCCCACACCCGGAGGAGCGCGUCCUCGAACUCUCCGCGUCCGACACCGCCUUCGGCUCCGUCCUCUCCGGCACCGCCGACGAGGCCGCCUCCACCGACCAGUGGUUCGUCGACGCGCUCAACGCCCCCACGCCGCACCCCAUAGAGCGCGGAUCUGACGUCUUCGGCCUCGACCCCAUGCCGCCACACAUCUCCGCCUCGGUCACGCCCGCACCAGCGACGCCAUCUCCUCCUCCACCCGUGACGCCGAUCGACUCCCCGGGCCACUCUAAUCUCUGCUCCGCGGUCUCCGCUUCCGGCAGCGCAUACGGCAACACCGAGUUCUUCUCCGUGUGGGAACACCUCCUCGCGGCGUCGCUUCAGGCCAAUGUGCGGGCCUACACGUCCGACGCCGGCUCCGGGAACUUCGCCGUCGACCUCCGCUCUGGCUGCCGCAUCAUGCUGCCCGUGGGGAGCUACCCAUGUUGGUUCGGAGUUGAGCAUCUCAGCACCGGCGACGUCCAUCGUGUCGAGCGGGACGCGCUCGAAACCGAGAACCGCGGAUGGAUUCGCGCCGUCCUCGACUCCACGACCAGCUCGCUUCCGACGCUGCUCCAAGCCUCCUCUACGAGCACCAUCAACAUGGAGCUCGCCCUUGGCGCUACCGGUACAGCGGCGACCCCAUCGGACUUCUCCAUCGCCCCCGUCAACCAUGACGCGCCCGCCAACCGCUCGACGAAAUGUCUGGGAGGUGCCGUCGACGUGGUGGCACCUGCUGCGGCGUCUGCUGUGGCCAUGGCGCCCGUCAUCAUCUCCACCCGUGCUGCUGAUACGCCCACUGCCAUCGAUGUAGUGUGCAGCAUCGUUACCUUCGAUGUCGACUCUGGUGGUGAUGUUUCUGCGUCCCUAAUCAUUGCAGGCAUGCCUGAGGUUCUUCCGGUCAGCGUGAAGUUUUGGAUGGGGAGCUGCUCAAAUGUGGAGGUGAUUUCCUUAAACUUUGUGCUUGCAACUUGA